AACUAAAAGAAAUAAAACCAAGGAUUCUCUCUCUAAACAUGUUUUCCUGUAUCACUACUGCCUGAGUUUCAGAAUCUUGUUAGUCUUUCUUUGGUUUGUCUCUCUAUCUUUGGAUAAAAAGGUUAAUUAUCUACUUAUUCUUGCUUUGAGGAAGGUGUUAGUAGCAACAAACAACUAUCAAGUUGUGUCAACUUUGCAACUAUGGCAUCGAACAUUGUGAAGUCGAAUAAAAUGAAGAGGAUGGAGUCCAAGAAAACGUACUCGUGGUGGUGGGAUAGUCACGUUAGUCCCAAAAACUCCAAGUGGCUACAAGAUAAUCUUGAAGAUAUGGAUCAGCACGUGAAACGGAUGCUGAAGCUCAUAGAAGAGGAUGCAGAUUCCUUCGCCAAGAAAGCCGAAAUGUACUAUCAGAAAAGGCCCGAGCUAAUAAGCCUCGUGGAGGAUUUUUACCGAAUGUAUCGCUCGUUAGCAGAGAGGUACGACCAUGUCACGGGAGAGCUCAAAAAGAAUAUUCCAUCGGAUCUCCAAUCCCAAUGCUCGGGAAUCUCCGAUUUGGGGUCGGAGCCCCCUUCAGCUAUGGCGUCUCCCGAUCGGAGGCCGCUCAGUCAGCGGAAAUCGGGCCCACGGGCCGCUGGGUUUGAGUUUUUUCUUGGAAAUGGUGGUGGGCCCGGCUCGGAUAUUUGUAGUAUGGAGUCGGAAUCGGAAUCUGAUGAUGAAGAAGAUUCCUCGGUGAACAAUUACUCGGGGAAUGAUGAAGAGCAGGGGCUUCGUACGAAGAUUAUUGAGCUAGAGGUUGAGCUUCGUGAGGUGAAAGAGAAACUCCAAAGUCGAGAGGUGGCGGACAUCUCCGAAGGGCAUUUCGGUCAAUUCAGCGAUGAGAAGAAAGGUAAAUACGAAGAGCAGUUGCGGGUUGCGAAAGAGGAAAUCGGCCGUUUGACGAUCGAGCUUCGAAAGUACGCGUCUGUUGAAGAUAACACCGAGGUGGAGCAAAAUCAAGAAAGUGUUAUGGAUGGAUCGGAAGGCGAAGUUGUGGACUCGGUGGACAAAAUUCAGACACUUGAGGAAGAGCUUAGAAUCACACAGGACAAACUUCGAGAUUCGGAAGAAGAAAUCACGAGGUUAAGACAAGAGCUUACGAGCAAAGGAUCCUCAAUCGAAAAUUUGCAAGAUGAGCUUAAAAUGGCUGAAAAAGAGCUCGAGAAAGAGAAACGAGAGGUUUUGAAGCUGCAGGAGCGUGUAACACGUUACAAAACAAACCUCUCGGACCGAGAUCAAGAAAUCAGGGUACUUAAAGAGGCAAUGUCCAACGCGAAUAAAACCCUAUCGGAAGAAAACGAGCAACUUCGAUCGGAAAUAACAAGAAUAUCGAAAGAGAGAGCAUCUUUGGAGGAUAAUCUAAAAGAAUUGGACUUCCGUUGCCAAUCAUUACAAGAGGAUGUGAGACGAAAGGCAGAAGCAGAAGUCGUAUUCGGAUCUCAAAUCGACGAUUUGAAGGCUGAUUUGGCAGAGAAAAACGAAAUUAUCGAAGGCCUAAAGAAAAACAUCGAAGAUUUAAAUACUAAAAUUGAUGCGCUUGUUGUGGAAGUGAGUUCGAAAGACGACCAUAUAGAUGAGAUGAACAAGCAUCUGCAUCAACUGCACAUGGAACAUGUUGAUUUGAUCGGUGGUGCUGAGGUGGCACGUAAAUCGAUAGAGGAGCUGAGGUGGAGGAUCAAGGAACUCGAGAGGGAAGUGGAGAAAAAGGAGGAAAUUAUUAUCGAAGGGGCGGAGGAGAAACGAGAGGCGAUUAGGCAGCUUUGUUUUUCGCUCGAGCAUUAUCGGAAUGGGUACCAUAGGCUUCGACAGGCUGUCGUAGGGCAUAAGGGAUUGCCGGUAAUAGCUUCUUAAGUCGAAGAUGUAAUUAAAUCUAGGUUUCUAUGUGGUACUGCGUUUUUUUUUUCUUUUCGGAGGAACUGCCUUUAUUUUUGUAUUAUGUGUUGUUCAUGUGUACAUUUGGCUUAGCCUGUGUCUUUGUAAAAUGCAUGCUGAGGUGUGUGAUCUUUUGUUAUGUUAAUUUGCUGGUUUUUCUUGGAAGGAGUAAAUUGCAAUUUUCCA